AUGAGUGAAGACGAUACACGAUCUAAUGUUUCCAUAUCUUCCACGAGUUCAAGACCAAAGAGAUAUCAAUGUACCUUUGAAAGUUGCGAUAAGGCAUACAACAGACCAUCACUACUAGACCAACAUUUACGAUCGCACACUGGCGAUCGACCAUUUCCCUGUACUUACCCAAACUGUAACAAGUCUUUUUUAAGAAAAUCACACUUAGAUGCACAUUUGAUUUCUCAUUCAAGAGAUAAACCGUUUCAUUGUUCAGUGUGUGGCAAAGGUGUUAAUACGGCUCAACAUUUGAAACGACAUGAAAUCACCCAUACCAAGUCCUUCAAAUGCACCUACGAAGGCUGUAAUGAAUCUUUUUACAAACAUCAAUCACUACGUCAUCACAUACUCUCUGUACAUGAAAAGAUACUAACUUGUACCAUUUGUAACAAAACCUUUACCCGUCCAUCAAAACUUGCUCAACACAAAUUGAAACAUCAUGGAGAAUCUCCAGCUUAUCAAUGUGAUCAUCCGGGAUGUUUUGUCAAUUGUAAAACAUGGUCGGCUUUACAAUUUCAUGUCAAACAAGAACACCCAAAAUUAAAAUGCUCCAUUUGUGGCAAAGGUUGUGUUGGUAAGCGAGGUUUGAAGUCACAUAUGUUGAGUCACGAUGAUGCAACUAAAGUUUGGCAAUGCAAUUAUUGUGAUAUUGGGAAAUUCAAUAAGAAGACGGAGCUCGUAGCUCAUUACAAUGAAUAUCACGAUGGCAAUAUUCCUCAGGAAUUGCAGACUAAAGCAGAGCCAGAGGAGCAGGACAAUGAAAAAUAUCACGAUAAACUUGAGAUUUCAAGUUUGAAACAAUUGAAUAUGACUUCAUCCCCUGGUAGUGAAGAAGAUGUCAAGAGUUUAUUCAAGACGGAAUCAAGGUCAGUGACAGCAGAGGCGCAGAAAUCCGCCACAGUGCUAACAGCAAAUGAUUCUGGAUCCAUAGGAAAAUCAUUGGGGGUUAUUGAUUUGAUACUGAAAGAUUGUUCAAUCAAAAUCAAUUGUCCUAAAACUAAAUGUGAUCGAGUAUUUGCACGAGAAUAUGACUUGAAACGACAUUUGAAAUGGCAUGAUGAGAACUUGAAAAGAAUUGAAUUAUUUCUUGAUAAUUUACAACAGGAGCAGCAAUUGGAACCGUUGCAAAAGAAGAUUAAACUCAAUUCCAAAGACGAUCUAGCUCAUGAUGAAUAUGAUAAAGAGGAUGCGGAAUUUGAUGCUGCUCUUGAUGAGGAAUUCAAUUCCCCUGUUACUUUAAAUAAUACUGAAUAA